AUUUUGGAGCUUAAUCGCACAAGUGCGGUUUACGAAGACACAUCGUCUCACAAGGGACCCAAAUUUAAAAAAGUUAUUCCGCAAGUAACGGAAAAAAAAUUUUCAACGUCUUUUUUGGUUGUUGGACAAGACGCCGCAAAUUCUCGAUCGCCAUCCGGAGUGCAUAGAAUGGUAGAAGGCCUUCCCCCGCAAUAUAACGCGAAAAAUUCCAAUGUAACAAAAUCGGAGGACGAUAACUACACUGCAGCAGCAUCGCACGACAGCAUCGUAAUUGUCACGACGACAACGGUAACUGACACGCCAAAGAAACUUCCAAGCGAUCCGGAAAAGGCAUUUCCCGUAAAAGCGGAUUUCGAAACUGCCAUCGAGCUUACGCAAUACGGCAAAUUUCACUAUAUUCUGCUGGCAAUAUGCGGACUCGUGAGCAUGAGCGAGGAAAUGGACGUCAUUUCGAUGUCGUUCAUCCUUCCGUCGGCCGAAUGUGACUUGGAGCUGGAUACGCAAUCCAAGGGAUGGCUCAACUCGAUCAUCUUUAUCGGGAUGAUGGUGGGCGCUUACACCUGGGGUUCGUUAGCUGACAGCAUGGGCAGGAAGAAAGUCUUGAUUGUGAUCUCACUGAUGAACGGCUUGUGCAUCGUGGCGUCGUCUUUCGCCCAAAGUUACAUGCCCUUCAUGAUUUUCCGUUUUCUGAAUGGUGUCGCACUGGGCGGCAGUGGACCCGUGAUUUGGUCAUAUUUUGCGGAAUUUCAACCGAAAUCGCGACGUGGAUCGAUGUUGAGUUUCAUGGCGGCAUUUUGGUCACUUGGCAAUAUUUUUGUCGCGAGUUUGGCUUGGUUGGUAAUUCCCAGUGGCGUUGGAUUUGUCACAAAAUAUUUCGUGUACAACUCGUGGCGCGUAUUUCUGAUGAUUUGUGCCAUCCCGUCGUUUAUUGUGUGUGCCCUGCUGUUGUACUUGCCCGAAAGCCCGAAAUUCCUGUUGUCACGUGGCAAGGAAGAAAAAGCCCUGAACAUCUUCCAAUGGAUCUACAAAGUCAAUACGGGCAAGGAAAUGACAGAUUACCCGGUGAAAGGUUUAAUCAUCGACGAUCAUCUGAACCAAGAGCUCGAAGAACGAAAACGCCCACUCAAAGGAAAUUUCAAAAAAAUGCUGUGGGACGUCACCCAUACCACAAAACAACUUUUCCAAUCGCCCGUCUUGAAAUUCACAAUGAUCUCAAUAACGAUCAACUUCACCUUCCACAUCGGCUAUUACGGACUAAUGAUGUGGCUACCCGAACUUUUCAACCGUUUCGACCAAUAUUCGAACCAUUUCCCCGGCGAAAGUGCUUCCGUAUGCAAAGUCACCGAUUUUGUCGUCAAUUUGGAAUCACAUCUCACGAAAUCUCAAUCGUGCAACUCGGCAAUUCCAAGUACGGUCUAUCUGGAAUCCCUUAUUUCCGUUACGGCGGCCUUGCCAGCGAAUUUGAUCGCCAUUUUGGGCAUGGAUACACUCGGGCGGAAAUUUUUCAUGGUUUUUUCGACAGUUUCGGCGGGAUUGUGUUCCGCCGGCAUGAUGUUCGUCGUGAAUAAAACGCAAAAUCUCAUCGUGUCAGCGAUCUUUUCGGGAGUUAUUUCGUGCGGAAAUGCGGCGUUGGAUUGUUUGAUCACCGAAGUCUUCCCCACACACUUGCGAGCGACGGGAAUUGCUGUUUCCAUGGUUUCGGCACGUUUGGGCGGGAUUAUUGGUAAUGUCGUUAUUGCACAAUUGCUGGAUACGCAUUGCCCGGCGCCGACUGUCAUUGUGGCAUUUUUGCUGAUUGCGGGCGGGCUCAUGUCACUCAUCUUGCCAAACACAACCAAAAAAGCGUUGAAUUAAGUCUAGUUACUUUAAUCUUGUUUACAAGAGAAUUAUCAUUAGCUUAAAUUAAUGUUAAUAAAUAAAAUGUAGAUACGACGAAAU